ACGCGGGUUUUACGGAAUGUGUGCCGAAUAGGAUGAGGGCGUGGACACGCCCAUUCUAGUUGCAGCAUUAAGUGAAGUGAAGUGAAGUGAAGUGAGGUAGAUAUAUGGUGGCAUCGUCGCCUGCUCCAUCAUCCAUCAGUGGCGGGGACAACAGUCUGCCAGAUGUGAGCCAUGAUUACGAGAGAACUGAGAACAGAGAAUCCAGAAUCCUGAGCACAGUAACCAGAGCACGAAACAAACAGCAACAGAAGCACGGGGGAACCGUGCCAAAUGACAUGCUACUUGAGCUGGCGAAACUUGGAUUAACUAGCUCGCUGAGAAAUAAAUAUAGCACCGAAAAAUAACACAAUAAAACCCCAACCAAACCAAACCCCGAACCAAACACCGAACUCAAUCCCGGCACGGAGGAGCAGGAGCCCCGCCAAGGUGCGACAUCCGACAGAAAUCCUUCGUCGCCGCGCACCCAAUAAAAUGCCCUGUCGGAGUGCGCGCCAAGGCAGGCCGGGACUAGGAGCCGGAGGAGGCGCACUGGGCCGAGGAGUCUGUUCCCUAGUCGGAGUCGCCGGGAAGCCCGGGAAGGCGGGCACAGCCAGUAUUCUGCUGGCAUUUCUGGCAGCUGUCAGCUUUCGUGGCAUGCGUGCGCCGCUGGCAGCGAGUGCGGCGCCCAUGGGCGAGAACGCAUCGCUAAUUGCACCAACAACAGCCUCCCCAACAAUCACAAUGGCCACAGCGGUGGCAGUGUCAGGAGUGGAAGGAACUGCCAUGCGGCUGCGAGGCGGCACCUCAGUGGAGCAGCAGCAGCAGCUGCAACAGGAUCAGCAGCAGCAGCAGCAGCAAACUGGGGACAUCUGGAGCGAGAGGCCCGACACAGCAACGCUGACAAAGGGCUUUUCAAUACCCACGUAUCUGCCGCCCUUUCCGGACUUCAUUCCUGCCGAUUUGCCGCAGAUUCAAAGGAACGCCACUGCGUGGUCGAGAAGUCCGACGGAUGGCAGACUGAUGCCAUCUAAUGAGCAUCCACCGCAAUCGCAAUCCCCGGCCCAAGGACAGUCGCAGUCGCAGUCACAGUCACAGUCCCAAUCCCAGUCGCAACCACGACUCCAUGCCUACGACAGCGAACAAAAGGAGCUGCAGCUGAGGCGUGAAAAGGAGCUGGCCAAGGAGCGGGAGCUGCUGCCACGUCGCCCGCUCAGCCUGCCUCCGAUGAAUGCCAGCGUGCAAGCCGGCCAGCAUGCCUAUCUGCCCUGCAAGCUCAACCAGCACUCAAAUAAGCCCCUCUCCUGGGUGCGCUUGCGAGACGAACAUAUCAUUGCGGUGGAUCACACAACCUUCAUCAACGAUGCCCGCUUCGCAUCGCUGCUCCAGUCAACGACAUCGCCGGCCCCGGACCCAUCCAUGACAACCACCCCCACUGCCAUCAUGGUUAUCCCUGCGAAUGCCUCCAGCCCGGAGGAUAGGGGCAACGGGAGCAGCCUGAGCUGGACGCUGCAAAUCAAAUACGUGCGGCUCGAGGAUGCCGGCUGGUACGAGUGCCAGCUGGCCACCGAGCCCAAAAUGAGCGCCAAGGUGCAGCUGUUUGUGAUAACACCCAGAACCGAGCUAAUUGGCGAUCGGCAGCGCUUUGUGAAGGCGGGCAGCAAGGUGGAGCUCCACUGCAUUGUCCGUGGCACUCUGGAGGCCCCUAAGUACAUAUUCUGGUAUCGCGGGGAGCAGCAAGUGACGGCCGAGAACGAGGCCAGCGGUGCCCAGAGCGGCUGGUACACGCAAAUCGAUAGGAAUAUCUUUGGCAGCACCGAGCACAAGCGGAAUACGAUUGGUUCGUUGGUCAUUCCGCUGGUGCGCAAGAUCCACUCCGGCAAUUAUACCUGCGAGCCGGAGAACAGUGCAGCGGUGUCCAUGCAGCUGCACGUGCUUAGCGGGGAAUACUCCGCCUCGGCCAUCAAGUCGGCGGCUGCCGGCCUCCACAGACUUGGCCACGGCUACAGCAGUCUUCACCAGUGGCUAAUCUUCCUCCUGGUGGCAUUGAACAAGACAUGAGUUCACCCCGCACUAGAACACCUCUGGGCAUCGUCUAGUCGGAGUCCUUCGUCUAAGACAUUAGUUUAAUUUUUAGGUAAAUUUCACACGCGAUUUCAUUGUUUGUUAGGCGGACACUUCUUAAGGUCUAAGCUCCAUUUUCCCCAAUACGAAACAAGUUUUUUAUACAAAUUCUAGACAUAAUACUGUUUUCCUUUGCUAUAGCUGAUAGGUCUAGGUCUGGCUAAGCAUUAUACUAAGCAUCUACAUACAUAAUUCUGAGUAACG